AUGGAUUCACAAUCAACAACCGCGGCCCCGGCCCAUGAUGCCGCCUCCUACCUCGACCUGGCCAUCACACUGUGCUUAAACAACUGGCCCGCCCUCACAUUAGCCGUGCAAUCAAACUGGGGCGGUCCUACCUCCGGCGACAAGCGCGACUGGCUCUGCGGUGCCAUCUCAGACAUGCUCAACGACCGGCCCGAAACCGACGCCGAGGAUCUCGAGGACGUUUUGAUCCAAGUCAUGAAUGACGAAUUCGAAGUCAUGAUUGACGACGAGAGUGCUGGCAAUGUGGCGCUUGAGAUUAUGGAGUUCAAGGCACAGACCUCUCGGGGAGAGUUUGGCGGUAUUCAACAGCUGUGGGAGGCGUGGCAGAGGAAGAGUCAGCAGAAGUCUUCGGCGGCGAGCAUGUUUAAGGAGGUUGAUGCCCGGGAUGAGGAUCAGGAGACUGAUGACGAGGAAGAUGACUCAGAGGAUGAGGAUGUUGAGAUGGGUGAGGCACCGUCUUUGGUUCGGGCGCCGAGGGAGAAGGCCGAGCCUGAGGUGGAUGAGGAUGGUUUCACCGUUGUCAAGAAGAAGCGGUAA